AUGAAGGCCCCUGGUUCACAGUCCAACCAGUUUGAUCGGCCAGUUUGGUCUGGUUCUGAUAAUAUUGCUGCAAACAACCAAUUGGAACAAUGGAUAACAAAUUCAGUCCAGAGGAAGGGGUUCCUCUUCAACAGUAUAUACAAAAACUUGAAAACGACUUACCAUCAGCAAAAUGAAAAAGCUAACAGACGCCUCAAAUGCCAGGGAACAACCCAAACUCUUUGCCAGCCCAGUUAG